CAGGCCGCGGGGUGACGUAGGCAGGGGGCUGUGACGUAGACGCGGUGACCCAGACCCCCCAGACCCGGGGGGGGGCAGCGCACAGUCCAUCCACCCGGGGGCACACCCAGCAACGAAGCGAUGAUGCGACGGGAUCCGGGCAGGAGAAGCACGUGAAGCACUUUUUUAAAGAAAUGGUUUAUUUAUUGAUUCCUGAGACGCAGAAAGGGAGAGAGGCCGAGACCCAGGCCGAGGGGGAAGCGGGCUCCUGCGGGGAGCCGGACGGGGACUCGGUCCCGGGACCCGGGGUCACGGCCUGGGCCGACGGCGACACUAACCGCUGAGCCACCGGGCUGCCCCCGCGAAGGCCUUUCGCUGAACGCGGGCGGGAUGCGGGCGGGAUGCGGGGCCCCUUGCGGGCGGACGGGAGGCGUACUAAGCGGAGCCGGCCAGGCUUCGCCGCCCGUGGAGGAUUCCCGAAGUCUGCUCUGAGACCUGCGGAGUCCAGUGUUUUACAGGCACAGGGACAAGGACUCGUGGCUGCGCCCAGGGCCUAGGUGGCCGCGCCCCACCACGGCCGUUGUCCGCCGCCCCCGGGGGUCGCCCAGGCCGCGCUCUGAGGCCCCCGCGCUUCCACUUUCCUCCCUUCGACUUUGCAGAGACGGGAUGUCGCGGGCUUGCGGGAAAGGCCCACGCCUGGCUGCCAUCUCCUGCCAGGAUUCAGCGAGAAGCACCUACCCCACGAGGCUGUUGUGCAGACUUCCUUCCUUUCUAAAAUCACUCCAGAGUGACAGUGAGACUUUGACUUUCAGGAAUCUUUCUGGAGACUUCCCUAAAUUCCGAAUCUCCAGGAAGACAGACCUUCGGUUAUCUGCUCUAAUUCUGAGCGUAAAACAAGCUGAAUUCCAAUAAGCAGAAAAACAGAUCAAAACGUUGUAUGCUACAAUUAAUUGAGCAGCAAAUACUUCCUUCGUAUUUGGAUGUAUAGUCAACGACGAUAAAAGUGGCCAACAUGUGUUGAGCAUUUUCCAUAGGCCGGACUCCAUGCUAUGUUUUAUGUGGAUUAUCUUAUUUAUUGUAACAUAAAAUUGUAACAUCAAAUCUACUCUCCUAAUUAAGCUAAAUAUAAAAUCUCUUCAUAAUCCUGGAGCUUAACGUCAUAACAGCCUUUCCUUAUAAGAAUCUUUUUAAAAAACUGCAUUUUUGGCCAGACAUUUAUGUAUUCAUUGCUCGUUGCUUAUGUAUUUCUGUCAUUUCAUUUUGCUUGCUAGUUUUGACCUUUUGUUUUUGAAGGCUUUUCUUUUUCUUUUUUUUCUACAGCCAAAAACAGAAUUUGACAAAAUUGGUUUUGUUAAUUCCCUUUUGAGGAACAGCUUUAUCCAAAAUAAUCAACAGUUCAGCCCAGAGGAUUAACCAAGAAACAGUCUUCUAGAUAACAGUGAUAAUACCCAGGACACUGAUUAUUUAGGACAAAGUAGAAUUAUUUAUUUCAUGAGUAAUGUAUAAACAAAAUGCAUUUGGAUAAUUCAGUGUCUUCAUCAACAAUCUGUUUCUUAAAUGCUGUUCAAACCAAAAAUUUUUUUUUAAGAUUUUAUUUACUCAUGAGAGACAGAGAGAGGCAGAGAGAGAAGCAGGCUUCAUGCAGGGAGCCCGAAUGUGCGACUCGAUCGCAGGACCCCCGGGUCACCCCCGGGGCCCAAGGCUACUUUAAGAAAAAUGGCUUUGUCAGCCCGACAGAUACCCAGAUGGUUCAAUUCAGUUAAAUUGAGUAGCUUCGUUACAGCUAUGCAACUGGGAAAACGUUUUCCGAGAGCAGGAAAAACAUUGUUGCAUGGCGUUUCUGCUCAGCCACAGAUGUCCUCUGGCAAUUGCUUUCUCCAGUGGGGAUUUAAGGCUUACAGGACUUCCUCCUUACGGAAUAGUUCCCAGUCGGCCAACCCAAGUAGGCAGGAGAUUGGUUCUGCCCAAAGUACUCUGCUUCCUUCUGUGAAUGAACAGACACCGAAGACACAAAAGAUACCCAGCCUUGAUUCUGAGCUGCCUCUAGAAGCUCUGGACGACCUGCCCUCCCUGGCUCCCCUGCAGCCCGUCUCCGAGGAGGAGGCCAUUCAGAUCAUCGCAGACCCUCCGUUGCCCCCAGACACGUUCACCCUCCGAGACUACGUGGAUCAUUCCGAGACUCUGCAGAAAUUAGUGCAUUUAGGAGUGGAUCUCUCAAAGAUAGAAAAACAUCCAGAAGCAGCCAACCUCCUUCUGAGACUGGAUUUUGAAAAAGACAUUAAGCAAAUACUCAUGUUUCUUAAAGAUUUGGGUAUAGAAGAUAACCAGCUGGGACCAUACCUGACUAAAAACUACGCUAUUUUCUCUGAAGACCUUGAAAAUCUUAAGACCAGAGUGGCUUAUCUACAAUCAAAAAAUUUCAGUAAGGCACAGAUUGCACAGAUGGUCAGAAAUGCGCCGUUUUUGCUGAGUUUUUCAGUGGAAAGAUUGGAUAACAGAUUGGGAUUUUUUCAGAAAGAACUUGAACUCAGCGUGAAGAAGACUAGAGAUCUGGUGGUUCGUCUCCCAAGGCUACUAACUGGAAGCCUGGAGCCCGUGAAAGAAAACAUGAAGGUUUAUCGUCUUGAACUAGGUUUUAAACAUAAUGAAAUUCAACAUAUGAUCACCAGAGUCCCCAAGAUGUUAACUGCAAAUAAAAGGAAACUUACUGAGACUUUCGACUACGUGCACAAUGUGAUGAACAUUCCCCACCACCUCAUUGUCAGGUUCCCCCAGGUGUUUAAUACAAGGUUGUUUAAAGUCAAAGAAAGACAUUUGUUUCUUACCUAUUUAGGAAGAGCACAGUAUGAUCCAACAAAACCUAACUACAUCUCUCUGGACAAAUUUGUGUCUGUACCUGAUGAAAUAUUCUGUGAGGAGAUUGCCAAAGCCUCAGUACAGGACUUUGAGAAAUUCUUAAAAACUCUUUAGUUUUUGAUGAAUGUUAAGAUGUAAUAAUGUAAAAUGAAUGUAUAUAUGAGUGAAUAAUACAUAUUUUUAAAUAAAUGCCUCAGGCCUCCAUUAAUGCUGGAAA